AUGAACCCUCAACUGCCAGCCUAUUCCGGGUCCACCCUAGACCAGCCGGCUGAGGGCGUUCUUGAUGAAGACUUGUCUAUAAUUUUUCGCUGUCGGCUGUCCAUACCAUGGCAGGAACAGCAGGUAGUAUACGUUGAAUUCUCAGCAUGCAACAAUUUUCUCAUCGUUCUUUGCCCAUGGCGGGAACCUACGGCGCAAUCCACCGAAAGAAAGAAGCAUGACAUCCUUGCGUAUGAUCUCGAGACCCGUGAUUUCCUGCGUCUGGGAGCCCUAAGCUCAGCAAUGUUGGGUGGGUAUUAUGUGGGAGCCAGGGGCGCAGCCAUUGGCCCCGCCGCCACAGCGCAGAAUGACAAGCUCGGCGGCCUCUUGCGGUCAAAGCCAAGCAGGGUCCUCCCUUUAGCCAUUUGCCACAAUCCAAUCAUCCAGGGAAGUAAGGCGCUCGAUUCCACGCCCAGGAUCGACAUCGUGGAUUUAUACAAAUUGAAGCGCAAGCGCUACUCGUCCACCAUCCAGAUCCAGGGACCGCUGGCAUGGUCUCCUGACGGGUCACUUUUGGCUGGCCUACACUUUGGUGACCCAACCAAAGUGUCGCUCUUCCAGCCGCAAAUGGACGGUAUCCCUCGGAUGGCAUGUCUACCGGGCCACCUAGCGGACAUUACGCAGCUAGCCUUCAUGCCGGACGGCAAGAGCAUCCUCAGCCGAGCGAGCGACGGCGUGGACCGCCUUGUCAGCACAUCCCCCACGAGCCCGGGUAGGCUACUCAAGAGCUUCCGCGUGCCAUCGUCAAGCCGGUAUCCAGCCAGCAUUCUGCAGAUAUCGUCGGAUGGCAGCCGCGUAGCAUCCGUGUGGGGCCGGCUCGUCGUGCUCUGGCACUCGGAAUCGGGACUGCUCGAGAGCUACGAGCUCGAAUCCGCGCGCCCCGACGCUGAUCUGUUCCCUCUAGCCAUUUCACCCGACUGUCACCUUCUUGCGUGCCGCUCCGACACGGGCGUUGAGGUGUGCGACCUGCUGACAGGCCGGCGCCGGGGCGGUGCGACAUGGAAGGGCGGCGGGACCGGGUUCGCGACUGCGGCGGGUUUCAGCGGCGGCACCGGUAUGAUGCUGGCUGUGGGAAUGUUCAACGGCGGAGUCACGGUGUAUAACGUGCUUGACGAGGGGGAGGAGCCUCCCGUUGAACUGGAGACCCACGAGCAGCCAGUGGAAGUUCAAGCAGUGCCGAUACGACCGUUUGAGGUGUCAAGGUAG